GCUCUCAUGAGAGAAAGCGAAACUUAAUUCUUAAACAGAAAUUUUGGUGGAUUUAUAAAAUGGCUUCGAACAGAGAUGGCUGGCGAAAAUAUCCCAGGGUGAAGCUUCGAGACAUGGGACACGAUCUGCAUGCAGCGACCUUAAUGUGGGCUCUGAUCUCCUGCAGUCUCUUCUGCCUAGCAGGUUCUUUUGACGUGACCAUAUUUAAAAAUCCAAUGGAAGUGCUAUUAGACACAGCAGUUAGGCUGGAGUGCAAAAUAACUAACUAUGGCUCAGAUACACUUAACCUUGACAAUCUGGCUGUGCAGUGGUUGUUCUCUUACAAGAACAUGACUAAGAAAGAAAUCUACGUGUUCAAUGGAGGAAAACAUAUUUCAAAGAAAGCAGGAGUAAGGAUGUCAGACGACCUCUUAAAACUAGGAGAUGCAACCCUUGAACUUUUGAGAGUACAAUUUGAAGACGAGGGACAGUACACGUGUGCUAUAUUUAUUACCCCUUCUAAAGUAGAAAAAUCUGCAUCAAUCCUGGUGUCAGUUAAACCAAGAGUCAGCUUGUCCACAAAACACUUUACUGUGGUGAGCGGUUCAGAGGGCUCUGUGAGGUGCAACAUUAUCAGGUUUUAUCCCCAGGAAUACACUAUCAAGUGGGUCAAGAUCUUAUCGGGAAGCACUGAGACAGUUGUCAAUGAUAUCUGCACAGGUGUUCCAGUGCCUGACAAAGAUGGAACGUUCAAUGUGUCCAGUGUGAUACGGAUUGAACCAACAAUGGUUGACAAUGGGGCCAUCUACAAGUGUGAGGUUCGGCACAAAACAUUUAGUAGCCCAUGGAUAACAGAGGCCAAACUCACCGUGAAAGAACCAGAGAAAACAUCGGGAGGAGCGAUUGCUGGGGCUAUAAUUGGAACCUUGAUCCUGAGCACGUUGGCAUUUGCUGGACUGUUCUUCGUUUAUACAACACGUUUUAAAAAAGUUUCUCCAAAAUUCACUAAAAUCAGCAAACCUGCCACUAUUAGACACCAAGAAGAAGCCUUAAUAAGUUGCCAAGUUAUUGGUUUUAGACCGGUUAAGAUUUCCAUCACUUUAUGGGUCAAAAGAAGCGAACAGGAAAAGAAGAAAAUUUAUUGUUGGAGCAAUACUAUGUUGAAAAAUCCUGAUGAGGAAGCGAAUCUUCUCUCAAAUGGAAAGGGCUGUUGUGAUGAAUCCUUUACUCCCAAUUUCUCACUUACUAGUUUGAAAGAUGGGAAUUCCACUGUGAAUUGUGUCAUUAAAAUGUGGCCCGACAUGUACAGCGAUAACGGGAUGGAAUUAACCUUUGAAGUGCAGCAUGAAACUCUUUGGAUUGCGAUGGAGGAGAAGAUAACUCUGGAGGUCGUUGGAGUUCCACCGAAGAUUUCGGACAUUUUGCUGCCACCUCGCAUCAUUCACAAUGAGCUGGUGUCCUUGGCCUGUUCCAUCAAUGGAUUUAAACCAAAACCAUUGAAAAUCAUUUGGUACCAACUCUGGGGUGCUGGCAACAAGAAAGAAAUUGCUUACCUCGACAAAGACACAAAGAGGUUGCUCGAAACCAACCCCAGUCAGACGAAUAAGUUUAACCAUUACAUCAGUGAGAUGCAGUAUGAGGAUAAAACAUAUAGCGUCAUCAGUGUAUUGAAUAUUAUACCAGAUAUUCAGGAAGACAUGGGAAUAAAGUAUGUUUGUGAGGUGCAUCAUGAGGCCACUGACAAGGUUGAAAAAAGAGAAACUAAGCUGGAUAUUAAAGGCACACCCAAACUGGAGCAGAUUCAGUCAGUCCCCAAAACACCAGUGGCAGGAGAGUCUUUGAAAUUAAGCUGCCGGGUCAAUUUCUUUUACCCCAAAACAAUCAGAGCUGAAUGGUUUAAGGACAAUGAGCAGAACCCAUUAGAAUCGGAAGAUAGUGAGCCUAUGUUGGGAAACAAUGCGUUGUUCUAUUUUACAUCUAACAUGACGACUGUAGCCACGAGAAAGGAUGUUGACAGCAAGUAUGUUUGUAAAAUGUACCACGAGAGCCUAACAGAACCGGCGGAGAUCCAUUGGGUUCUUGACCGUUUGGUAUCUGCGCCCAAACUGAUGGAGAUUGAAAUUGAUCCACCCUCGCCGGAGGCAGGGAAAUCCGUUACUCUGUCCUGCAAGGCAUAUGACUUCUAUCCAAAGGAAAAUAAAAUUUCCUGGAUUCGGGGUUUCGAUAUAACAGGACAAAAAUUCGAAAGUGAAGAUACUGAACAAGAUUUGAGUACCGGACUGUAUUAUCGCAAGUCCAAGUGGACGUUCAUUCCAACAGAACUGGAUCAUGGCACUGAAUACACAAUGGAAAUUCUUCAUGUGGAAACCUCCAGUAAGCCACAGAGGAUCAGCCGGAUGUUGAACUUAAAGGGAAUCCCAUCAAUUUCCGACAUCAUACUUGAGCCGCCAGAGCCUGUGUAUGGCAAGGAACUUGUUCUCACCUGCAAUGUGAGCAACUUCACAACUCAGAGCAUCACAACAUCAUGGCUUAAGCAGAACAAUAAGAUCUACGAAGGGAUCACUAAUCAGGGUCCUGAUCCAGAUGAAGGUGGAUGCUAUCGGUUUUCUUCUAGCCUGAAACUGGUGCCAAAUGCCCAGGAUUACGAAAAGGAAUUUUCUUUCCGUGUCGAACAUAUGAAAUUUACCAAGCCAAUCGUGAAAAAUGCCUUUGUCAGUUUUCCAGCCUUUUCUCCGCAAGUGUCCAAAAUUAAAGUUGAUCCCGUGUCACCGCAAGUCAAUCAAGCAGUAUCACUGAGCAUUUCGCUGAGCAACUACGUACCCAGUGGUAUCACUGUGAAAUGGUUCAAAAAAUGGAAGCCUUACACAGGGACUGUGAUCAAUAGCCUUCCGCAAGUGGCUGAAAAUGGUCUCUUUUCUUCCAUUUCGAAGAUAGACUUUCAGGCCACUUUAGAUGAUCAGAAAUGCGAGUUCAGGUGUGAGGUCACUCACGAAGAAACAAAGGAGAUUCAGGAGAAGGAUUUCAUUUUGUGUAUCAGAGAUGGUGAUGAUGAUGAGGUGGAUGAACCUGUAUCUGAUGAAAUGAAAUCCGAUGAUGAAGCAGAGGACAUGGAUUUUGUCUCGGACAUCAGGUGUGAAACAGAAAAUCCGAAAGCUGGUCAGCCUGUUACUGUGGCCUGCACUAUUAAAGGGCACCCCAUGGACAGCACGCACAUCACUUGGUUUAAGGGUGUAUACCCUUAUGAAAAGGAAGAUGUUGUUAAAAAGAUAGCCCUUCCAGAUGGAAGUUUCAAGUGUGCACUAACUUUUACAGCAGAGAAGGAGGAUGAUGGAAUCCUAUUGCAAUGUGAUGUGAUGACUGAGAUGGACCCGAUUAGCAAAUUCUUUCAUCUGAAACUCAGUUGAAGCCUUGGAGCAAGCAUGCACCUUAUUUUAUGAAUCCGAAAGUGAAAUGUCAUUGUGCCUGUGUAUCAUGCUUGGACUCCUAAUCCUUAUUGUGACUUCGGAAAGAAAGCCUAAUGCAUUGAUAUAAUCUAGCUUUUAUAUUUUCUGUCUGGCAGUUGAUUUGCCUUGGUUUGGCUUGGAUGUCCCUGAGGAACUGAGUUUGUUUAGCAACUUUGAAAAUUGAAGUAAUUCUCUCUUCGCAUAAAUUGGGGGUAAGACUGGUGUGGAAUGAUGUAUAAACACCGGGACAGACUGGUUGGACCAAAGGGCCUGUUUCCGUGCUGUACAUUCUUUGCAGAUUUUUGCAAUUUAGAUUCAUUCAAUCUGCUUGAAAUGUAUGAUCAUUUGAAAUUAGAAAUUAAAGAAAUUUCAAAUGAAAACCUUCAUUUACUGCACCAAUAGCUACAGAGGGAUUUGGAAAGUGCUGGGGAAAUAAUUAUAGCAAGGAAGAAAAGUUAAGAACGAGGGCAGACUUCUUCACACAAAUGAAUUCAAUUUGCUUUGAACACUACUGUGCAGGUUCCACGCAACAGAGGGUUUGGAAGUUGAUUUUAGUGAGAAAAUCAAAAUCAUCUCUAGUAGUAGAUUAGAGGAAAAAUGUUCAACACUAAUUUUCCACUUGGAUUUGAAGAAAGAAUAAAAAUAUAAGAAUAGUUCUGAAUUAGAGUUCAGAUGGAGAUGCGAUUAACAACAACAACAGCAAAUUAUAUUUGAAUAGAGCCUUCCAUGUCAAGAGGAUUAAGGGUAAUGAUCGACUGGAACAGGAAAGAUGGUAGAGACCAGGUUGCAGUACUUAUUUAAUGUGAUGGGGAGACAGUGUGGUGGGUGUUCUGGAAAGAUGAAAUUGGAUGGGCCGAAGAGACUUCUUCAUCCAAACCAAUCUUGUGAUUUUGUGAUUAAAAAAUUAGAAGUUGAAAGGG